AUGACAUCACAAAAACUCUAUGAAGUCUAUAAGGAACCACCAAAUAUCAACCAAACUGCAAUUAUGGAAACACCAAGUUCGCUGUUUGUUCUUCAAGAGGCGACAAUUGAAAAUCACAAUGCUGAUGAUGAAAAUGGAAAUAGGGAAACGAUCAGCUCAGUGGAACGAUGUAAUCCGCAGUUGCCUAAAGAAGCAGUCUCAGUUGAAUUUACUAAUUCAAGGAAUUGUUCCACGACAUCUUGCAAUUUGGAAUCGUCCAAACUGCGACAAUACUUGAAAACGGUUGCUGAAAAACUACACAAAGCGGUUGAAACGACACCGGUACCACACUCACACGAGUGCCUGCCUGAUCUGGGUGAGCAGCCGAAUAUAAUGAACGAAAUUUGCCAACAUGAAAUGAUUUCGCAACAGGAUAUUAAAGCAAACAUAGAUGUGAUGAGCCAGAAUGAUGUUUCUAAUCCACCGUCAAUGAGGGCAUCUUCGGUUGUUAAAAAAGCACUAUUGGAAGAACAUAUGAAUCAUGGGAAAACAACAAUCCCUUUCCAAACCGUUCCAGAACCAAAAGGUGACGAUAAUCACAAAAACUUUUUUCUUGAAUCAUUAAGAUUAGUAGCUGACUCAUCAACAAUUCUUGACAAAAAUCUUGAUUUGGCUGAAGUAUCGCUUGAAGCUACAACAAAAACUAGUAUCCAGCAAGCUCGCGAUGGAGUUGAAGUGGCCAAUUUUGGUGCCCCAUUGAUUAUCUUCAAUGAAUCUAAUGUUGGUGUACCGUUAGAUGACGCUGUUAUUGAGAUAACCUCUACCAAUUUACACGAUCAAAAUGGCAACUUCGGAAGUACAGUUGGAAAGGAUUCUAUAGAAAGCAGGCAAUGCACAUUGAAUACUAUUGACUUAAGUGACCGAAUAAACAUAUCAAGCAAUAGCGAAGAACUGCCGCAUUCUUUGGUAUUUGCAUCUGAGGACGGAGUUCAUAAGCUCACAGAAUAUGAUGACACUGACCACUCAAGAAACGUAGCUAGGGAAGCGUGCUCCGAAAACGAUCCACACUCAUUAGUGCGAAAAGUCUUAUCGGAAGUAUUGGACAGUUGGGACAAUUCUAACACGGUGCCACGUUCUCAAGCUCUUGAAAAUUCUGAAGUAUUGCAUAAUUCUUCAAUGUUUCUGUCUUUGUCUGAAGAUGAUACACCAAUUCAAAAUAAUAGUGGCCAAUCCGGAGGAGUAGCUGCAAAAGAGUGUUCCGAAAGCUCAUCAUCCCUGAACAACUCUUGUAAGCAACUCAACAAAUCUUCCGAUUCUAAAAAAGUGCAACAUUCUCAAUCACCAACCUCCAAAGAUUAUUUAUCUCCGCACCAAGAUGAUACUAACUCCUCCGAUGAAGCAGCCGGAAAUGAAGUUACCGAAAGCGUUUGCUUAUCAUCGGUAAACAAGUUGAAUUGUAAUACAAACACAUCAGACAAUGCCGAAGCGUUGCAAUAUUCUCAACUGCACGCAUCUGAGUCCAAAAACGAAAAUGUAGAUGAUCUUUCCAAAAGUGACACAUUGUCGGUUUCGAAUGCGCAAAAUCUGGAAGAUUCGCAAUGUUCUCAGUCACUCAUGUCUGUGGAUACGGGUUAUUCACGUAUUUUUUCGGAGAAAAUAGUAACAACGGAAAACGAGUGCACUGACAAAUCUUCGCAGAAACUAAACUACUCAUACGAUGUAACAUUUUUCGAUUCCAUUGAUGAUGAGUGGCUGCCCGAUGACGUACAAUAUCAGAUGACACCAUUAUUAGAAAAAUUACUCAAAGAGAAUAACAUGGAAAUUGGUAUUGGCGAAGGCUGCGUUCCAGAGAACGACAACAUGCGAGAGUAUGAUAAAAACAUGAACGUCUCUCUGUCACCAAAUCUUCGCAGGAAAUCCCAAAUAAGAGAAAAAGUUGACGUGGAAAACGGCGAAGAAAAUGGAUCAUAUUUGGAUAAUGCAGAGGCACAUUCACCGGCAAUACCUAUUACAUUACCUUCGUGUGAUGAAUUUGUUAAUCAAUCGGAAGAGAGCCAUGAUGAUAGUGUUGCUGACAGAACUUAUGCUCCAUCUGAUGAUUCCGAAGACUCUAUGAGUGCCGGCAACAUCAGCUCCAAUAGCGGACACUCAAGAAGAGCAUCGUCUUCUAGGCCCAAUAAUAAUUCGUUGAAUGAUUCUCGUCUCUUGAAUAUAUCCGGCAAAGCAGUUACUGGUUCAAUAGACAACAUGUCCAUGAUCGUCCAAACAUCAGACGAGAAAAAAACCGAUAAAAAAUAUUUAUGUAAAUACUGCAAAAAGUUAUAUCACAAACUGGCUCGACACCUCGAGAGCGUGCAUAAAGAUGAACCUGAUGUACAGAAAUUUUUGGUACUACCGAAAGGUAACGAAGAACGAAAGAAAAUAAUUAAUAUUUUGAGAAAAGCCGGAACUUUUGAGUUCAAUACGAACCCCAAAUAUAACAGUGGAGUGCUUAUAACAAGUCGACGCCCAAAUCGUAAAUACAACAAGAAGGCCACGGAUUAUAUAACGUGCAUAAAAUGUUUGGGCAGCUAUUCGAUUUCAAAUAUACGGCAUCACAUUGCAAAGUGCGAUAAGAGUCGUAAAAAAUCCGAGAGAUCUGUCCUCGUCCUUGGAAGAGCCGUAGAAGGCCGACUUCACGAAGAUGCUAGUGACAAGUUACGACUUGAAGUAUUUCCGCCAUUGAAAGAGGACGAUGUUGUGAGAAUCGUACGCUAUGAUCGACUAUUAAUAAUUUGGGGGAACAAGUUGUGUAUCCGGUACGCAUCCCAUUAUCAGCAUAAUAUGGUUCGCUCGCGAUUGAGAUAUGCGGGAAGACUCCUGCUGGCUGCGAAAGCUAUAAAUCCUGAUAUAGAUGAUUUUGCAUCACUAUACAUGCCAAAACGUUAUGAUGACGUGGUAAAAGCUGUCCGAGUUAUUGCCAAUUUCGAUGCUAUACGAGGAGAGUUCAAAUUACCGGCAGUUGCAAUGAAUUUGGGCACGUACUUACGUCAAAUCGGAGAAAUUUUGAUAAACGAGUACGUAAAGGCGGAAAAUUCAGAGGGUGAACGAAAUGUCGAACGAUUUUUAAAAGUUUUUAAAGUGGAUUAUGCUACCGAUGUGAAUAAGGUAGCUCUUGAUUCGCAGAGAAAGCAGCAACGUGAGCGAGAAGUCGUUCUACCGUCUAUUGAGGACAUCAAAAAAUUUGUCAAUUACCUCAACAAAGAGAUGAAAGAGUCUUGCAGAAAAUUGUCAACCGAAUCUUUUUCGUACGCAGAAUGGCUGAAAUUGGCCCAAUUGACUAUGGCUUUUUUAGUCACGUUCAACCGCAAACGUGUUAGUGAUAUUCAAAAUAUUAAGAUCUCGCGGUAUGAGGCAAGACGAAGGAUCGACGCGACUACAGAUGAGACGAUAUACAAGUCAUUAACACCAGCCUCUAAGGCUAUCGCAAAUAAAUAUGCGCGCAUGACAAUCCGUGGGAAAAAAGGUCGUACAGUACCACUUUUGUUGUUUCCGGAAUUGGAGAAGAGUAUUGAUCUGAUUUUGGAAAAUCGUAAAAUUGCUGGAGUUCCAGAAUCAAACGAGUUCGUAUUCGGUCUCCCAUCCUACAAUAAUAAAAGGAUCAAAGUAGUCGACGGUUGCACUGCUAUGCGUGAGUUCUCGAAAAAGUCUGGGGUCAACUUUCCUGAAACUUUAAGAGGCACCGAACUGCGUAAACACAUUGCUACGCAUUGUGUAGCCCUCAAUAUAAGCGAUAACGAAACAGUACAUCGCGCCGAGUAUUUGGGCCACGAUGAACCUAUUCAUCGAAAAACUUAUCGCGAACAUAUAGAGAGCCGAGAUGUAUUGGGAAUUUCGCGGCUAUUGGAAGCUGCACAAGAAACACACAAUUUAAGCGAUGAGUCUGAUGUCGAUAAUCCUGAAAGCGUUCUCAAGCCUACACUCAUCAACGAGCAAAAUAAUGCCAAUAUAAACGCAGAUUCCAAUGAUUCUACGAUCGAUAGUGGCAAUCUCCCAACAUUGGCUCAAAAUGAUAGUGAUAAUGAUGAUGAAAAUGAUGAAAUACCUAUUCCGAGCAAGCAUAUAUUCAAAAGUCGUUGCAAUAGUCUGCCACAAGAGACAGGCCUAGUGGCUAAGAAAAGCGGCACAAAGAAAAAAACGAGAACUAAAUGCACGAAGAAGAAGGUAAUGGCUGGCGAAAAUAGCGCAAGACAAUAAAAACAUUUGUGGAGUCAUGAAGAGAAAGCCGUUAUAAUGAAGGCAUUUGCAAAACACAUGAGGGAGGAAACAUUGCCGUCUUUUGCUGAAAUAGCAGUGUUGAAAUCUCAACAUUCGGUAAUACUCGAAAACAGAACGAUUCCGCAAAUCAAGACUUGGAUACAUAAUCAGUCCAAAUCCCAACGAUAAAUGGGACAGUGGAAGAAGUUGACUGCAUAUGCUAUAAAUGUGAUGAAAAAGUCAUAUCACCGUUUGAGGAUCAAAAUACUGAUAUCAUAGUCGGGACAUCGAACUCGAAUUACUCUACGAAGAUUUACUCCCAUUUACUUUAAUUCUUAGAUGUUUUUUACAAAUUAUAUUGAAGUAUUUAUAUUGUUUACUGGAAAACAAAGUUUCCCGUUCAUGUUAUUCAUAUUGUACUAUUGCAUAGGAAACAAGUUAAACGGCACCUAUGCAGUAACACUGAGACAUCCUUAACGGUACUGACAAUGAGUCUGAUUUGAAAAAAAGUGAUAUCGUUAUCUAGACACCGAAAAAUCGAAACGAUUUUUGCUAAGGCAUAUCACGAAUUACUUUAUAGUUUAUCUAUUUUUUUAUGUUUCUACUGCAGUUCUUAAACGAUUUUUCCGCUUUAGUGUUUCUACGGUUUUUCUCCGCCGAAUCAAAAAACGUUCUUAUUUCUAUAAUCCCCAUUGUUAUAUCGUUCCGAAAAUAAUAAAAACAAUAGCUAUAAACCGAAGUCGUAAAGACAACGUAAAACAAUAGGACGAUCGAUAUCGGGGCUGAAUCUGUCGAGGAAAUAUGCCGAUAUAAUUAAGAUACGGAACUAAUUUAUCUUAUUCAAAAAGAAGACUUCUUACUUUACUUUUUUACGUUUUGAUUUAAUUUUACUAUUAUGUACCGAACAGGAAGUAAGCAUUUCGUUUCAAUAAGUUUGAGUAGGGUUACUUUCCACUUUUCAUGGUGUAUUUUCAAAUUUGCAAAAGAAAAAAUGUAACCGUGAAAAGCAAGAAAGUACUAAUGUAGUGAUACAAACAAGUCUCAUUGUCAGAGACGA